AUGGCUUCCGCAGACACCUUCUUCGCCGCCAUCGAAAACCGAGUCUCCUGCUACUCCCUCACCAAUAAGUCUCCAACAAUCUCAGACGAUCGCAUCCACCAAAUCAUCAACGACACAGUCAAACACGCACCCUCCGCCUUCAACGUGCAAUCCACCCGUGCAGUCGUCCUCGUGAAACAAGACCACGAAAAACUAUGGGACAUUGGUGACGCCCAGCUCAAAAAGGCCAUGCCCGAGCCCGCCUAUGCAGCUCUGGCGCCUAAAGUCCAGGGCUACAAAGCCGCAUACGGCACAGUCCUAUGGUUCGAAGACCAAGCCGCGCUGGACGCACUGAAGAGCAAAAAUCCAGGCCUCCAACAUGUUCUUCCGGACUGGGCGCAACACACCAACGGCAUGCACCAGUUCAUCGCAUGGACAGCCUUGGAGCUGGAGGGUCUCGGAGCCAAUCUCCAGCACUACACGUUUAUGCCCGACUUCUCAAAGGAAGUUCUCGAGACCUGGGAUCUGCCUAGGACGUGGGUAUUACACGCGCAACUGGUCUUCGGACAACCAGCGGACGGGUUGAAGAGGAAGCUCGAAAGGACCUACGCGCCUUUAGAGGAGAGAGUGAAGUUCAUCGGGGCUUGA